AUGCCUUCGCUCGACAGGCUCAAGACCUUGCUUGGAGGUUCUGGGCGAUCUCAGGCAGGGUCGCAGAGCUCAAGCUCAAGACGCAAACUGAAAAAGGCGACCACUGUCCAUUCCCAUCCCCAGCGCCGUUUCGACAGCCAUCCAGAUGGUGGGAGUUCUUCGAGUCAAGAUGACUAUGGGCGAAAGGAUUAUCGUCACCAUGAGCAACAACCAGCCCCUAUCUACCCAAGUCAACUACCAAGAUAUACACUCUACGAUAAUCCCGUUCCCCCACGCGAGCACAGUCCCGCGCCAUAUCAUGCUGGCCCCAUCUCUCCUCACGAAUCCAUCCGCCCGGUCGUUUACUCCACUUCAAUCGCUCAGCCCCAUCCGAGCUACUACCAACCUCCAAUCUCGAACCCUGAUUCUUGGGAGCCAAUUCCCGAUGUCCAUCGACAAUCUACAAUCAUUGACCCGGAAGGAUUCGAGAAUGGUCGCAACGCGGAUGGGCUGACAUACGAAGAAGAGCAGUGGCGACGAGCCCAGUUUGACGACGGAGAAUUUGUCGAUCCACGACGUAGUCCCCACCAGGCGCGUUCCCAUUCAAUUCGCAGAAGUGGAACUCCAUUCGGUAGUAGAGAUGAUGAAUGGGUAAACGUAGAGUCUCAGCAACCCACACCUCGAUACCCAUUGCACAGACAGGACCUCGACCACGGUGACGAUCGUGAACGGGAGAUGUCCGUCCACCGACAACCCUCACUGGCUGGUAGCCAAUCGAGACAUGAUACCCAACUUCUACACCCCCAACACACCCCUUCUGCAGCUAACUCGGAACGCCAAUCCCUUCGGCACAAGCUGUCCCGUAUGUUCAAUAACAGCGGGGACGAUGAGACUUCUGUUGAUACGAAGGACAGAAGGACGAUGGCCGAAACUAUCCAUACGCAGAGCUGGACCUCAGCAGGGGGGACGAGGCGAUCCACACGGAGAGCCGGUAAGGAGAGCGGAAGAGAAGAGCACGUUGGGAGGAGGUUGGAACCCGAUUAUGAUGACGGAACGAGCGUGAGCGAAGACUGGCGAGAGUCGGAAGUGUACCAAUACAUCGUCCCUCCUGGUGUAAACGUGGUCUUCAAGGACGAAGACGGGAACGAAAUAACCAGAGACUCUGAAAGCGACGACAGGUAUAUGAGAGCGAGGUCGCCAGAUCAGUAA